AUCAACCAUUGACCACGUUCAUUGAUUUUCUUGCGAUUACAAACAAUCUGUGAAACAGAUGCCUAAUCGAUGGAGGGAUAUGAUUCUAACUUGAAAUCUGAAGCUGAAGGAGAAAUCGAGCAGUUGGAUUCUAGGGUUUCGACUCUAUCAAUAAGCGACGAUACCAGAGACCCGAAUUUGAACAAUCAGUUGGAUCAUGGGGCGCUUGAGAAACAAAGGAAACACAAUGAUGUAAAAGCAAUGGUUAGUUCCUUCAGCAAACAAAUGGCUCAUUUUGAAGAACAUGGUCCUGAAUUGCCUCAACAAGCAAGUGAUGAGAUUGGUGAGAAGAGAGAUUGUGUGAUCCGUGAUACCAUAUUAUUACCACAGAACAUGGGAGAAAAGAAUGAUGAAAAUAGUGUUUUCGAGAGUCAACAAAUGGUUAGAGGUGUAGAAAGUAACUAUUAUUUACAUCAUCACACUGAGGAAAAUGAUAAGAAGAGAGGUUUCAUGAGUCAAAACGUUGUUAAAAGUGAAGAGUGUGAUACUGAAUUAUUGCCUCAAGACAAAAGGGAGCCAUAUGACGAGAAUGGUGGCUUUGUGGGCGAACAAAUGGCUAAGCCUGAAGAGUACGACACUCAAUUACUUCAAGGCGUAAGUGAAGAAAAUAAUGACAGAGGAGGUCUCAUGACCCCUCAAAUGACAAAAACUGAAGAACAUAGUUCUGAAUUACCUCAACACACAGAGGAGGACAUGAAUGAGAAGAUAGAAUCAGAUACCUGCCAUCAGAAACAAGGAAAAUACUUCUAUUAUGACUCACCACUCUAUGAAGAAACUGGGGUUUGGAUACCUGUUUCUGUUCCUCCUAUGUCUGAAAGUGAGCAUGAAGAAUGGGCUAGAGGUUUCUGCUCAAAUGGAGGGUACUUCCCUCUAGGAGACAUGGGGUGGAGUCGGGAAGAUAAAGAACUAACCAUGUGGGAUGUGGUAGCCGAACUGUUACUUGUGGCUCGUGGAAAAGUGAAUGAUUUUGCUUCGGGUGAUAUUGGUAAAAUUUCAUGGAUAUCUGGCCAGCUAAUGGAGCAAGCUUGGAAAGAGAUGGCUCAAACUCUCACUGAGGCCAAUUUUGGUAACACUCGUGAAUUACUCGAAGCUGAGCCACCUAAAUGGUUGCCUGAUAGUGCAGCUUCUGCUUGUAUGUUGUGUAGUGUGCGAUUCCACCCUAUUAUUUGCACGAGGCAUCACUGUCGUUUUUGUGGAGGAAUUUUUUGCAGUGAGUGUACUAAAGGAAGGAGCUUGUUGCCAGAAAAAUUUCGUGUUGCAGACCCACUACGAGUCUGUGAUGUAUGUUGUGUGCGUCUUGAGUCUGUCCAGCCAUAUUUAAUGGAUCAAGUAAGCCAUGCUGCUCAGAUGCCAACCCAUGAUCUGACUGAUUUGAGCACUUUAAGAUCCUGGGUAAAUUUUCCGUGGGGCCAAUCCAUGGAAUAUGAGAUUUACAAAGCCGCAAACACCAUUCGGGGUUAUGAAACGGUUGGUAGACUGAGACCUGAAAAGUCAAUUCCAGAUACUAUCCUCCGACAAGCAAAAGGCCUUGCAAUCCUCACUGUAGUAAAAGUCGGGAUGAUGGUUACGUACAAUAUUGGAACUGGAUUGGUGAUUGCUCGUAGAGAGGACGGCUCCUGGUCUCCGCCCUCCGCCAUUUCUUCUUUUGGCGUGGGAUGGGGAGCUCAGGCUGGAGGAGAACUGACAGACUUUAUAAUUAUUUUGAGAACUCAUGAUGCUAUCAAGACCUUUAGUGGUGAUAUGCAUCUCUCUAUUGGAGCUGGUUUGAGCGCAGCUAUUGGCAUUGUUGGACGGACAGCUGAAGCUGAUGUACGAGCUGGUACUGGUGGCUAUGGUGCUUGUUAUACGUAUAGCUGCAGUAAAGGUGCAUUCGUUGGAUGUUCACUAGAAGGGAGUAUUGUCACAACCCGUGCAAGGGAAAACUCCCGGUUCUAUGGCAGCCAAUCAAUAAAUGCAUCAGAUAUUCUUCGUGGCUCAUUGCCUAGGCCACCCGCAGCUGCCAUCCUCUAUCGUGCACUAGCAGAUCUAUAUCAGAAGAUUAAAACAUGAUCCAACGAUUCAAAUACACGUUACUCUACAAGUUAUCCAGAAUGAAGGAAGUCACCUGUGGACACAUUGUCAGGAGGCAUUCUCAUGAAGGAUCCCUGUUAGUAUCUGAAAUAUUUCUUACGAAUUACUGUACAGGCAAUGUCAUUGAAAAUGUGUUCACGUUAUUUCUUCAUGUAAAUAUUUUGAUAUAAAAACUGUUGUGCAGCAUUUCGUUUGAUUGCAUUAGGUAAAAGUGCAAAGUGCGAAUGGAAUGAUUAAUGGUUCCAAG